AGUCAGAGAGAGGGAGAAAGAGAGAGAGAGAGAGAGAGAGAGAGAGAGAGGUUGUACACUGGACAGAAAACUGGGAUCGUUCUUUGUUCAUCAUGGAUUUAUCACCUGCGGCUCUGAUCCUGUGUUCUCUGUUGUGUUCAGUGGCUGGCCAGGCUCCUGUCGUCUCAGUGGAGCCCCGGGUUGCCACCGUGCGCCAAGGGGAGUCUGUCAGCUUUAGGUGCCAAGUGGGGGUGCCAAGUGGUUCCCAACUAGAGUGGAAGAAAGCCAAUAACCAAGCAUUACCAGACAAUGCUAAGAUCGGUCCUGACGGCUCUGUGCUGACGAUUGCUAACACCCGACCUGGAAACCAGGGCCAGUAUCGCUGUGUGGCAACCAACGCUGCAGGACGCAGCACUGCCACGGCUGUGCUGAAUGUCAAACAUGCUCCCAAAGUGCGGCUGACGCCAGCUGGGCCCCUGCGGGUCAGGAUUGGUGACCCUGUGUCGGUAGAGUGCCGUGCCACAGGCAGGCCACGACCCACGCUGACAUGGAAACGCGAGGGCUCCACCCUGCAGCUGCUUUCCACCGAAACAAAUGAUGUCAGCACCAUACAGUGGGCUGCAGUGCGUCCAGAGGACUCAGGAGUUUAUAUUUGCCAGGCUGAGAACAAUGAAGGAAUAACAGAGGUCAAAGUUGAAGUCACUGUCGAGGGGGUGCCUGGAUCACCAGUGGCUGUAGUGACCAAUACAGAAAUGACAGUGGUGGAGGGACAAACAGUCACAAUGGAGUGUCAGGCCAGCGGUUCCCCUCCUCCCGUCAUCGCGUGGUCCAAGCUGCGAGCACCACUGCCGUGGAAGCACACAGUGGUUGGUGGUGUUUUGACGCUGACCAGCGUGGGGCGCCAAGACUCAGGACAAUACAUCUGUAAUGCAACCAACAUACACGGCUACAGUGAGGCGUACACGCAGAUGGAGGUGGACACUCCUCCAUAUGCCACCUGCCUGCCUGACCAGGUGAGACUUCAGCCUGGUGACUCCCUGCGCCUGCAGUGCCUCGCCCACGGCUCUCAUCCCAUCCAGUUCACAUGGAGUCGGGCGGGCAGGGCGAGCAUGCCUGCAGGAGCAGAGACCACCAAGGAUGGAAGGCUGCUGAUAGCCCACGUUAAACUGAGUGACAGUGGAACAUACAAAUGCGUGGCCACCAACCACAUUGGCUCCAGCGAAGCACUGGCCAAAGUCAUCAUAAAGGCUUAAUCCAUCGUGAUUGCACUGUCUCCGGCCGGCAAACCAUCUACGCAGUGCUUCUUACAACUUCUGCAAACAUGGAUCCAUCACAGUUAAAACAGUUAAUACUGAGAAGACAGAGAAAAUUAUAUUUCAUAGAAUAAUAUAUUUUCAUGUAUGAUGGUGAAAGGUAUCAGUGCAGUUUAAACAUCAUGUAAAUGGCGUUGCUGUUGCUUUUGCUGCCCCUGUCUCAUUUCUCCCUUUCUAGAGAUUUUCUCUGGAACUGUGUGUGAACCAGCAUCCUGCAGUGUUUGUGUGGGAGCUGGUCAUUCUGCUGGAAUGCCUCUGCACCCUGUUCUCCUCCCAUCAUGUCAUCAGCUAAGUUUACCCUGUUGCACUUUCGAAAUUGAAAGCAGGGCCCAAAACCUGACCUAGUUUUACCAUUACACUGCUAAAUCAAUAAAGAUGACAAUAUCUUACAAAA